GUAAGCACUCAAUCCCAGUUCGGAGGCGCUGUCCAUGGGAACGGUAGAGUGAGCAUGAGGAAGAGCGCGAGAAAGCCCUCAGUGUCCUCAGGGAGCCCGUGGUAUGGUCCUGAUAGAGUCAAGUACCUCGGCCCGUUCUCUGGGGAGUCCCCAUCCUACCUCACCGGAGAGUUCCCCGGUGACUACGGGUGGGACACCGCCGGCCUCUCUGCCGACCCCGAGACCUUUGCCAAGAACAGAGAGCUCGAGGUAAUCCACUGUAGGUGGGCCAUGCUCGGUGCUCUGGGGUGUGUCUUCCCAGAGCUCCUCUCUCGCAAUGGCGUCAAGUUCGGCGAGGCCGUGUGGUUCAAGGCUGGUGCUCAAAUCUUUAGUGAGGGUGGCCUUGACUACUUGGGGAACCCAAGCCUCGUGCAUGCUCAGAGCAUCUUGGCUAUCUGGGCCGCUCAGGUGAUCCUCAUGGGUGCUGUCGAGGGCUACCGUGUUGCUGGUGGCCCAUUGGGUGAGGUGACCGACCCACUCUACCCCGGUGGCAGCUUCGACCCCUUGGGCCUGGCCGAGGACCCUGAGGCCUUUGCAGAGCUGAAGGUGAAGGAGAUCAAGAACGGACGGCUCGCCAUGUUCUCGAUGUUUGGGUUCUUUGUUCAGGCCAUUGUUACAGGGAAGGGUCCAUUGGAGAACUUGGCUGACCACCUUGCUGACCCAGUGAACAACAACGCUUGGGCCUAUGCCACCAACUUUGUGCCCGGAAAGUGAACCACGAGUGAAUGCAUGUUCGAAUGUAACCUGAUUUAUGUGUAGAGUGUGGAGUUUUUAAUUCUAUAUUAAAUUCUUCAUCAUAUUCA